GCUAAUAGUUGUUGAGAUAAUUGAGGUAGAUUACCGGUAUUUUACCAUUGGUUUUGUAUUUUGUAUUACGUUAGCUACUUUUAAAAUACUUUUAAGUCAUUUGGAUGGUUGGUUAAGUUUUGUUAGCUUAAUUUAAAACAUUGUUUAAUCGUGUGAAUGGCUGGAGGGAUAAGGUAAUUUAAUUUCGAACACUGUUCAAUUAUUUGAAUGAUUGGUUGUAUACAAUAUUCAUUUAAAAUACUGUAUAUUGGUGUAAAUGUUUGGGUAAGUUACGUUAGCCACAUUAAAAAUACUUAACGGCGUUCUUCGGGAUAGGUGUUAUUCAAAAAACCAUUAAAUGUUCUUAAUGGAGAACCUUCUCUAGAAAAUUAGCAUUACUUGAAAUAGGGAUAACAAUCUGCAGGUAGAGAAGUAAAGAUUGUGUUAGGUAAGUUCCGGGAAGAGGAGUGGCAGAUUUUGCAUUUAAAACUGCAGAAUAAAAAGUACGAAUUUUUGAAAAAUUUAAAUAUUUAAGCUUUGUGAAACGAUUAAUAACCAUGCAACAUUUUUAAAUAAUCAAUAUUAAUAUUACAAGAGUGACAUAUUUUUAAUUAUAUAAUCUUGAUUUUUGAAAUAAAUGCUUUUUUUUUCGGAUGAGGUUGUACUAACCAGCGAAAUGAUUUUAUUUCCGUAUCUAAACUACCGCGUUAUUAUUUUCCUGCCUAGUAUUUUGUUAGUACAAUAUAUAGUACACAAUAUAUAGUGCACAAAAUAAUUUAUUACGGUUGUGGCAAACAACAGUUAACUGGUGUCACUGCUACAAAAGUUUAACAUUAUUUAGCCAAACUUGUGUUGUGAAUGUAUUACACUGAAAUAAAUAAUAAAAUCACUUCAGGCUAUAUAAAAAAAGAUUGUCAAAAUUAAAUGAUAUCGUAGCUUUCGUCCAUUCGAAACCUAAAUUGGGCGGAGACAAAACAAAAUACAGAAAAAAACUUAUUUUGUAAUAAAUGAGGCAAUAAAAUUAGUUAUAGGUAUCUAAUUUCUUAAUUUAUUUACUUGAAUGGAAAUAAAUUUGCCAUUAGAAUCAUCAUUUGUUGAUAACCGCCGUUCUAACAAAAUGUAAAACUCAGAUUAACGUAUAUUUCCGUAUGCAUAGCCUACUUUAGCAAAAUAUCUCCAGAGUGACGUCACAAAUUGCUAGCCAGUGAAAGAGAAAGGUGCGCAAAAGGAUACAUAUAUAACUUCACGAUGAUUCACCCGUUAUGUUCACAGUUGACAGAACAGAAGAACGAAUGAAUAUCAAGCAAUGAUUUGUGUAACAUUUUCUUAAGUGUUAUGAGUCCUUAUGUGCCUGGAGCUGUGGAUGUCAUGACCGGCUACACGUGUGAUGGGUGUUUCGUUAGACUCUUCUACCCUUCAUCUGCAGCCCAUAAUUCAAAGGCAGGCUGGAUUUCGUGGAUUCCAAGUGACCUGUAUCUGGAAGGAUUUGCCCGUGUACUGCGAACGUGGAAGCUAGCUCUGAAAUUUAUACUUUCAUACUAUGGGAAUGAAUUCAAAGUCCCCAUGAUGUGGGAGGCGCCAGUGCUCACGGGCAGUGCCAGGAUGCCAGUGGUUGUGCUUUCACAUGGUCUGGGAGCAGCCAGGUUUCUCUACUCGGCACUAUGCGCGGAAUUGGCCUCUCAGGGCUUUGUGGUAGCAGUUGUGGAGCACAGAGAUGGCUCUGCGUGUGCGACCUACCACUACCGGUCACCGGAGCACGCAGCCCGGAACGAGCCCACGCUGACGCCCUACCGCAAGGUGGACCAGGGGCCGGGACACUUGUCUGCCCGCAAGACACAGGUGGAAAGACGUGCAGUUGAGUGCAAGAAUGUGUUGGAUCUUCUGGAAGACAUGAAUGCAGGGACUGCCAGUAAUGUCCUAGCCACCACUUUCCAGCUGGACCAGUUCAAGGGUCGGUUAGAUAUUUCCAAUGCUGUGAUGAUGGGACACUCCUUCGGAGCAGCCACGGCAUUGCUGACUCUAGGCAACGAGCCUCGAUUCAAGCUGGGCGUCGUCAUGGACGGCUGGAUGUUCCCGCUGAAGGGCGACGCAGACCUGCCGGCGCGCGUGAAGCAGCCGCUGCUGUUCGUGAACACUCACACGUUCCACAUCCCGAGCAACGUGGCCGCCAUGAAGUCCUUCUUGGAGAGCUCAGCAGAGCGACAACUGUACACCAUGCGAAAGACGACCCACGAGCACCAAACAGACACACCGCAUUUUGUAGGGCUGUGGCUGAACUGGUUCAUGGAGAAACUUGAUCCCGUGACUACGCACAGAAUCAACAAUCACCUCAUUUUAGCGUUCCUACACAAGCACAUUGGCUUGCCCCACUGGAGUGCAAAAGAUUCAUUCUUGGAGUCUCAAGCACCAAACAUAGUGGAAAACUUUUUGCUCCGGUAAGAACAUAAUUUUGCAGCAAGAAAAUGUAUUGUGAUGCAUACCAAGCCAGCAAACAAUUGUAAUCAAAACAUGUUGAUGGUUUAUGACAUGUUGGGCAUUUGUGUAAAUAAUGGGAGUGCUGCUUACCAUAUUUUGAAUUUACUUAUGAGUGCAAGAACAAUGUAAAAGAAAUAAGCACCACGUCAAAUUAGCCUUUCCCUUUUCAAAUACAUUUUAAAACACAUCUAAUGCAAAUUUGUAAACUAUUGUAAAAUUAAAGAAUAAGGUAUUAAGUCA